GCCACUUGGUCCUGAAAAGCUGGUUAUUGAUGCCAGCCGACUAAGAAAACAUAACUGUCCACGGAUUCAAGUGCCGCUACAAAUUAUUUUCAACAGAAUGAGUAGUUGCAGGAGUAGUGUGCAGUGGGGGGGUCUGUUCCUCCUCCUUUCCUCCUAUCUGUUGAGUGUCCACUCUCAUAUGGAUCCACAACAGCAGCAGCAGCCGCCGCCAGUCGUAGAGAGUGCAGGUCACAUAUCAGGCCACGGUCACGGUCGCCUGGACAAAACCAUGGUCCAGGACAAAGACCACAUCAUGGAGCAUUUAGAAGGAGUGAUUGACAGUCCAGAGAAGGACAUGACACCUCAGGAGCUUCAGCUGCACUAUUUCAAGAUGCAUGAUUACGAUGGCAACAACCUGCUGGAUGGGCUGGAGCUAGCCACAGCUAUCACACAUGUACACAGAGAGGAGAGAGGAGAGAACAGCCAGCCGAUGAAAGAGGAGGACCUUAUUACACUCAUUGAUGAUGUUCUGAGGGAUGAUGACAAAAACAAUGAUGGUUAUAUAGAUUACGCUGAGUUUGCCAAAUCCCUGGAGUGACAUUGGUCAUGUCCACAACUACAGCAACAACAACAAGGAAUCUGCAGAGAAGAGAAGAAAAGUCAAACUGAGACGCUGCUGCCAAGCCGUCUAGAAAACCAUGGUUUAAUCUUUGCUUUCUCUCUCACAGGCGAUCAAUCAGGGUUAUUGGUAAUUAAUGAAGUUUUGGAAAUUUUUGUACUUUCUAAGCUUAUACUUUUUUUUUUUCCCAUGUCACAUCCAAGCUGCUAGCAUCAAAACUGGUUAUGCCGGUAAUUUAACCGAGGAGGUUUUUUUUAGUUUGACUCUGGUGUAUGCUUACACUUACAGUGACAUUUCUGCUCCUUCUGUUUUUGUAGGUUCCUUGAAAUCUUGCCAUUUUCAAAGGGCCAGUUCACCCAGUAUCACAAAACACUAACCAUGGAUUUAUACUUUUACUCAUUUUGGUGAGGUUUACAGCUGUCUGCGGUGACUUCUGCCAAAAGCCCUAUACAAUAAAAGCCCAAAAGUUCCCAAAAAGUAAAGCCCACUUUACUUUUGGGAACUAGUACAACUACCUAUGAAAACUGUCUCCCCAGAGAAACCUGGGCAUUAUUUUGAUGUGUUGAGCGUCACAAACAAAAUACCAUUCAUCCCCAUUGUAUUGGUAUGGUAGCAGAGGUCUCAGUGACAAAUUAAACUUAACUAUCGGCAUUGCUACUGUAGGAGAAAGUCAGAAUAUUCAGUAUGGUGGGGUUUUUUUUUGUAAUUUUGGGUGAAUUAGCCCUUUUAUAUGUACAGGAGCUCUAUAGUGUGUGUUUUUCUUUUAGUGGUGCUACACAUAAUUCACUCUGGUAGCCCAACAUCAUCUGAACAGGAUGUCAUCACUUUAAAUGGACUACAGUGUCCGUUUGAGACAUGUUUCUGUGCAGUGCGCACGCUGGACUCAAGCAGAGAUACACUAAUUUAACUUUAGCCAACACACUGCCGCUGUGUGAUACUCAACAUGGUGGACCAAAUGAUUCCUUGUGUGAAGCCAUUUCAUUUGCUGUUUGUGAUGAGGAUGCGACCAACCGGCUGUUCUCAUCACAUUGGAAUGUGGCCUUGCAGAUAUACAGUAUAUAACCUGAUGAUGUAGUGUGUGUGUGUGUGUGUGUGUGUGUGUGUUAACAGAGUAGAAAACCUUGCUGAACUGAUGAGGUGACUCUGGAGUUUAUUUUGGAGGGCAGCUCAAAGUCACAGGCAGAACAACACGAUACUGAAUGUUGCCAGCAGAGAGUCUGUGCAGCGUAGUGGCACGUCAGCGCCACAUGUUACCUCCUGAGGUUGUGUUUGCUGUUGCUUUCCUGAAGAUUACCACAAUUAUAUGAGCCAAUCAGCAUCAUCUUCACUGUAGUGUGUCAGCCAGCAGAUACACGACAUAAAUGUAACAUCAUAGACUGAAUGUAAAGCAGCACCAUACAGCUGAUUCUUUAUCACUGGAUAAACUAGACUUAAAGCACACUGGUUGAUGCUGCUGCCGUUGUUUAGAAGCUGAUUUAGCUUCGUAGGUUUGCAGUAAAGCACUUGUUAUAAACCAUUGAACACAUGUUUGCUUCAAAUCAUUAGCUGCCUUGAUAACAGAUGUGGAUCAUACAUGUCAGAUCUCUCUGUUGUUAAAUCCAUUCUUUGUAAAGUAUGAUUUUGUAUGGAUACGUUCUAUAUUUUUGCCAUCCAGUAUUGAUUCUUCAAUCAAUUUGGGUUGAUCAAUGCAAAUAUUUAAACAACUGAAUGCACAACAGAUGCAACUGUGUUGUCUCUGGUAUGUGAAAUAUUAAAAACUGUAAUCUACA